UGGGUGAGCGCCGGGGAUCUGUGUCCCGGGCGCCCGGUUUUACUGAUCCCGUGUCUCCCCCGAGGAGAGCGGGCUUCGCCGUCCGGAGGGGUGGGGCGGGGCCACGGGGUCCGGUGACUUUCUCCCCCCCUGACCCUCUUUUGUCUCCUCCCGCGCGUGGCUCCCAGGCCGAGGAGGGGACAGCGCCGUUCGUCAGCUUCAGGCUUCCCCGGCGCUCGGAGCGGGCCCCCCCCGGAGCGGAGUGGGGACCGGCCCGCCCUCCCCCAUCGCCCUGCCGCCCCUCCGGGCCAGCAACGCUGCGGCUGCAGCCCACACGAUUGGUGGCAGUAAGCACACCAUGAAUGAUCACCUCCAUGUGGGCAGCCACAGCCACGGACAGAUCCAGGUGCAGCAGCUGUUUGAGGAUAACAGCAACAAGCGGACAGUGCUCACGACACAACCCAAUGGGCUUACAACGGUGGGGAAAGCCGGGUUGCCGGUGGUGCCAGAGCGGCAGCUGGAGAGCAUCCAUCGACGGCAGGGGAGCUCCACCUCUCUGAAGUCUAUGGAAGGCAUGGGGAAGGUGAAAGCCACCCCCAUGACGCCCGAGCAAGCAAUGAAGCAAUACAUGCAAAAACUAACCACCUUUGAGCACCACGAGAUCUUCAGCUACCCUGAAAUAUACUUCUUGGGUCCAAAUGCAAAGAAGCGCCAGGGCAUGACAGGCGGGUCCAACAACGGUGGCUACGACGAUGACCAGGGAUCCUACGUGCAGGUGCCCCACGAUCACGUGGCUUACAGGUACGAGGUCCUCAAGGUCAUUGGGAAGGGAAGCUUUGGGCAGGUGGUCAAGGCCUACGACCACAAAGUCCACCAGCACGUGGCCCUGAAGAUGGUGCGGAAUGAGAAGCGCUUCCACCGGCAGGCGGCGGAGGAGAUCCGGAUCCUGGAACACCUGCGGAAGCAGGACAAGGACAACACCAUGAACGUCAUCCACAUGCUGGAGAAUUUCACCUUCCGCAACCACAUCUGUAUGACGUUCGAGCUGCUGAGCAUGAACCUCUACGAGCUCAUCAAGAAGAAUAAAUUCCAGGGCUUCAGCCUGCCUUUGGUGCGCAAGUUCGCCCACUCCAUUCUGCAGUGCUUGGAUGCUUUGCACAAAAACAGAAUAAUUCACUGUGACCUUAAGCCCGAGAACAUUUUGUUGAAGCAGCAGGGUAGAAGCGGUAUCAAAGUGAUCGAUUUUGGCUCCAGUUGUUACGAGCAUCAGCGCGUCUACACGUACAUUCAGUCCCGUUUUUACCGGGCUCCGGAAGUGAUCCUUGGCGCCAGGUACGGCAUGCCCAUCGAUAUGUGGAGCCUGGGCUGCAUCUUAGCGGAGCUCCUGACCGGGUACCCCCUCUUGCCUGGGGAAGAUGAAGGGGACCAGCUGGCCUGUAUGAUCGAACUGUUGGGCAUGCCCUCCCAGAAACUGUUGGAUGCAUCUAAACGAGCCAAAAAUUUUGUGAGCUCCAAGGGAUAUCCCCGUUACUGCACUGUCACGACUCUCUCAGACGGCUCUGUGGUCCUCAACGGAGGCCGCUCCCGGAGGGGGAAACUGAGGGGCCCACCAGAGAGCAGAGAGUGGGGGAAUGCACUGAAGGGGUGUGAUGAUCCCCUCUUCCUGGACUUCUUGAAACAGUGUUUAGAAUGGGAUCCUGUGGUCCGCAUGACCCCCGGCCAGGCUUUGCGGCAUCCCUGGCUGAGGAGGCGGCUGCCAAAGCCUCCCUCCGGGGAGAAGAUGGCAGUGAAAAGGAUAACUGAGACCACUGGUGCUAUCACUUCCAUUUCCAAGUUACCUCCACCUUCCAGCUCCGCUUCCAAACUGAGGACUAAUUUGGCACAGAUGACAGAUGCCAAUGGGAAUAUUCAGCAGAGGACAGUCUUGCCAAAACUUGUUAGCUGAGCUGAGUCCCCCCGAUGCUGGUAAUCUGAAAGAUACAAUGUGGCUGAGCCUUAUUGGGUUGCAACGGAGUAGCUCAGACCUGUUUUUAUUUGCUCAAUAACUCGACUCAUUUGUAUCUCUUCAGCACUUAUUUUAAUGUAAGAAAGUCAUUCGUUUUUAUAAAAUACAUGGGGACAAUGCUUUAAGUUUUUAUACUUUCUGAAACUUUUUUUUGUGUUCUAAAAGUACGAUGAGCCUUACUGUAUUUGGUGUGGCAGAGUAAUAAACAUCAGUGGCAGGCCAUUGAUUACUCCGUGACUGCCAUGCACUUACA